AUGCACUCCGGCGCUCGGACGGAUCCGCCCAGUGUGCCGGUGAAGGACCUCUUUCCCGAUGGGCUCUUUCCACAAGCGGAGAUCUGCGACUACAAGGAUGACAACCUGUGGCGCAAGACGAGUGCAGAGAAGAGGGAGCAGGAGCGGCUGGAGUUCCCCAUCCUUAACGACCUCCGGCAGGCUGCGGAGGUGCACCGACAGGUGCGCAAGUACAUGAGGGGCGUGAUCAAGCCAGGCAUGCUCAUGACAGACCUCUGUGAGACGCUGGAGGACACGGUGAGGCGCCUCAUUGCCGCCAACGGGCUGCAGGCCGGCAUCGCCUUCCCCACCGGCUGCUCCCUCAAUUGGGUGGCGGCCCAUUGGACACCCAAUGCAGGCGACAAGACAGUACUGCAGUAUGAUGACGUCAUGAAGCUCGACUUUGGCACCCACAUCAAUGGCCGAAUAGUGGACUGUGCGUUCACAGUGGCCUUCAACCCGCAGUACGAUCAGCUGCUGGCGGCUGUGAAGGACGCCACCAACACGGGCGUGCGCGAGUGCGGCAUCGACGUGCGCCUGUGCGACGUGGGGUGUGCCAUUCAGGAGGUCAUGGAGUCGUAUGAAGUCACCAUCAACGGCAAAACCUUUCCUGUGAAAGCAAUCCGCAAUCUGAACGGGCACAGCAUCGGGCCGUACCAGAUCCACGCCGGGAAGAGCGUGCCGAUCGUGAAGGGCGGGGAGGCGACGCGCAUGGAGGAGGGGGAGCUGUUUGCCAUCGAGACGUUUGGCUCCACCGGCAAGGGCUACGUGCGCGAGGACCUUGAAUGCUCGCACUACAUGAAGAACUUUGACGUGGGGCACGUGCCUCUCAGGCUGCCACGUGCCAAGCAGCUAUUGGCCACAAUAGACCGCAACUUUGGCACGCUCGCGUUCUGCCGGCGCUAUCUGGACCGCCUGGGCGAGACCAAGUACCUCAUGGCUCUCAAGAACCUCUGCGAUGCCGGAGUGGUGCAGCCGCACCCGCCGCUGUGUGAAACCAAGGGCAGCUACGUGGCACAGUUUGAGCACACGCUCAUCCUCCGCCCCACCUGCAAGGAGGUGCUGUCACGCGGGGAUGAUGACUUUUAG